CAAUUUGAAUUCUGCUAAAAAUUCGUAAUCGAAGAAAAAAAUGACAAUGAAACAAUAUUCAUUAGUGAAUCGUUUGAUGAAUCGUGAAAUUGGAUCGAUAAAAAAUCCAUCAUCAACAACAAUGAUGAUGAAUGAUUGUCGCCAGCAUCGUGCAUCGAAAAUUCUAUCCAACAUGAUUAUUGAUGAAAAUCUUGAAUAUAAUGACCAUUUCUAUUAUAAAGAUCUACUCGGACAUUAUGGUUGUGUCAAUACUGUUGAAUUUUCCAAUGAUGGAAAUUUCAUGAUUUCUGGUGGCGAUGAUAAACGUGUUUUAAUAUGGCGUGUUUGGGAUGCAAUUGUUGAUGAUGAUUAUAAACCACGAAUAAUGCGUAAAGAACAUUCAUCCAAUAUAUUCUGUCUCAGUUUUGAUCGAGAACAGCAACGUAUUUUUUCCGGUGGUAAUGAUGAUCUUGUUAUUGUGCACAAUGUGGAAACUGGCGAUGCAAUCGAUGUUUUUGCACAUAUGAAUGAUGUUUAUGGAAUAUCGGUGAAUCCAACGAAUAAUAACAUAUUUGCAAGUGCAUCGAAUGAAAUUCGUAUAUGGGAUCUACGUAGUUCAUUGAAUUGUCAACAUUUACAAUCGAAUGGUGUAUUUCAUGGUGUAAAAUAUAAUCCCAUUCAACCGUAUAUGAUUGCAACGGCAAGUUCACAAUUCGGUGUAGAACUAUAUGAUCUGCGGCAGCCACUGCAAAGAUUAUCAAGAUUUUUUCCAUCUUACAUGGUCAAUAGUCCAGCUGCAAUGUGUGUAAAUUUCAAUCAAACGGGUGAUAAAUUAUUGGCGUUGGGUAGAAAAUUACCGCCUGUCCUGUAUGAUGUUCGUUCGCCAUAUCCACAAUUAUUAUUUGAAGGUGAUGGUUUCUAUAAUUAUUGUACAUUGAAAAAAUGCAGUUUUGCCGGACAAAAUGACCAAUACGUUAUAUCUGGAUCGGAUAAUUUUUAUAUUUAUUUAUGGAAAAUACCGGAUACUGUACGCAAUGAUUCUUGGCCAGAAAAUCCAUUGAAAAAUGAUACAACCACAUUUGUUGCUAAACCAAUACAACUGCUAACGGGACAUCGAUCCAUUGUUAAUCAAGUUUGUUUUAAUCAUCAAAAUGGCGGUAUUAUUGCAUCAACGGGUGUGGAGAAAAUGAUCCGUCUAUGGAGUCCAUUAAUGCGACUAGGUCCAGAAGAAUCAAAUUGUAUCAAUUCAAAAGAGCCAAAAUUUUCACGUCAAUUAUAUCAUUACACUGAUUAUAUCAGUGAAUUAGAUCAACGUGAUGAAAACAACAGUAACGGUGAUAAUAAUGAUGAAGAUUUUCGUUUGAUCGCCUAUUUUGAUAUAAUGCUUAAACGUGAUAUGUCACUAAGUUCAUAUAGUUCAUCAGAUGAUGAGAAUCGUUCAUAUUUUGAAUUGUGUGAUUAUUCAUCAUCAUCAUCAACAACCACCAGUGCCGAUAAUGAUGAUGAACAAGAUGAUGAUCAUAUCAAGAAAAAUAUCAAUGACAGUUAUCCGUCCACUGAUUUAGAAUCUGAUUUGGAUGAAAAAUUUCAUGUACAAAAUCAUUAUGAUUUCAAAAAUCAUAACCAUUUACAAACAACAUCAGCCACGUCAAUUAUUGGUAAUAGAAAAAAUUUAAUUUCAAAAGAUUAUAUGAGCCAUACCUAUUCAAAACGAAUGUAUGUUCGUUAUUUAAAAAGUAUUGUCAACAUAAUCAUCAAACAAAUGGAAAUGAUUUUACCAGAAUUGAAAGAAAUUCUUCAACAACAGCAAUCACCGAGGGAUUGUCAAAAAUUGGAAAAUAAAAAACAACAACAGCAGCAAUCACAGCAAGAACAACAACAGAUAUCGAUUCUGUUUUUAAUGAGAAAACUUCAUAAUGAAUUUCGUUCAUAUCAGGAUCUUUAUAAAUGUAUACAGAUUAAGAAAAAAUAUAAACUUUUGAUGCACGCAUUUCGUUUUGUUUCGGAAUUGUAUGGCGCAUUACGUACACGGACAUUAUUUCGUCGCCCUUAUAAUAAUCAUGGUGAAUUGAAUUUGAAAACCAUAAUUGCAUCGUUGUCGAAAUCGGAUCAAAUCAAUGUGAUGGCAAGAAAAAUGUCCAUUAUCGAAGAACGAAAAUUGUGUGAUCGAAAACUUCAUGGUCUCAUUUGUAGUUUUUAUGGAAGAAUUUUACAUUUGGCCAAAUUGUUACUUGAUGUAAAAUGUUUUAUAAAUCUACGAAGUAAUACAAAUGAAUUUUGUUAUGCGCUCUUAUGCGCCCAAAGUGGCAGUAAUGAUAAUCAUCAUCAACAUUCGAUAUUCUGUCUGAACAAACGUACAAUAACUAGAUGUUUAAUACAGAAUUUAGCUGAAGUUGAACUGGAUACAAUAACAUCGGAUUCGUCAUCGGAUGAUGAUAUAAUUGACUGGAAUACGGAUAAUAAUAAUUCAGAUGGUUAUGAUGACGACAUUGAUGCUGCUGCUACUGGUGGUGGUGAUUUGGCUGAUCCACAAAAUGAAGAUUUAAAUCAAUCCAGUGAUAGCAGUGAUGAUAGUAGUGAUGAUGACGAUGACCAUGAUGAUGAAAGAAAAAAGAAUAUCUGGCUAGAUAAUCUUGUUUCAUAUUUUUCCAAUUCUGAUUCAAUCGACGAAAAUUACAAAAAUGUCCAUGCAAUACAAAAACGGCUAAAACAACGUCGACGAAAAUCAUCGUCGUCAUCAUCAUCGACAACAUCAUCGUCGUCGCCGAUGAAUAAGACAUCGGUGAAAAAAAUUCGACGAAAUUGA